AUGUCUUUCUUUUCCAAUUCUUCUGCGUGGCUUCGGCAGCGCAAUACGGUCCUUACCUUCCUCUCCAUCGCUCUUUUUACCUUUUCCUUUGCUGUUAACUCAUCGGUCGCCAUCAACGUGCCCAUUCGGCUUCCUGCGAGUCCCAGGUAUCAGGGCAGAUCGGUCACUUGUCCAGCCCGAUGUGCCGCAUCAGGGCCUAAUCCCGGCAACUGGUCUCUAUAUCACAACUUCGAACAACUUGCAUCGUGCAAAGAGUCUCUUUUUUAUUCCUUUUCAUUUUCUGAUCCUGUCGACGAUCCCGACAGCUUUCAUCGCAUCCAUACCUGCACCUCUUUCGGUCCUGAUUGGGCGACGCUGCCGGUUAAUACAUCAAACCUCGCCUUGCAGUCUAAAGAUGCCCCAGCCCCCGUAAAUGGCACAUAUCAGAUUGGAUUCUGGCCCUCCAGUGAGGGCCUAUCGGUUUCCCCUUCGCUCGCCACCCUCGUCAAGCAGCUCCGCCAAUAUCUGUCCAAUGGAUUCGGCGCCGUGGAUCGUCCAACAAUAAUCUUUGCCAGCUACGGCUCAACCUCGGUGGGCCUCUACGUCGGUCAAGGUCUGCAGAGUCAGGGUGUUGGUGAUGUCGCGCUGGCAUACCUGGAAAGGUCCAUUGCAGGAUUCAACGCUAGCCUUGGAGCGAGUGUGGCCAUGCAAUUCUGCGAGCCGGGUCAGACUUCUCACCACGUUUUCGGCCUUAUGGCCACCGGCAACGGAACCUUCGCUGCUGUACAAGAAGCGCUGACAUCGUGGUCCAAAGCGGAAUGUUUGACAUUGCCAUCGGUCCAAAACGUCACGGGCAAAGUCCCCCUUGCGACGCCGCUGUACUCGGUUUCCUCCAACUCUAGCAAUAUCGGCGUCAACCUCAACUCCAACUCCACCUAUGCUUCUGCCGACUCUAUAUCCUCUGUUCGUCGGCGCAGGUCCCUCGCUCCUCGGAGCACCUGCUCCACCGCUCAGGUCGUCUCUGGUGAUACUUGCUUUACGUUGGCGGAGAAAUGUGGUAUCACCCCGGCUCAAUUCACCAGUUAUAAUUCCGAGUCAAACGAGUGCUCUUCUCUGAUUGCAGGUGAGCACGUCUGCUGUUCGGCCGGUACGUUGCCCGACUUCGCUCCUAAACCGCAGUCCGAUGGCACUUGUGCGACCUACACUGUCCAGCCGGACGACAGCUGUGCCACGAUUGCCGCUGCGUACGGCCUCACGGUCGAUGACAUCAACAAUUUCAACACCGAUACUUGGGCAUGGAAUACCUGCUCGCCCCCCCUCUACGCCCACGAGGUCAUUUGUCUGAGUGAAGGCAACCCACCAAUGCCCGCGCCUGUCUCCAAUGCCAUUUGUGGGCCACAGGUCCCUGGCACCCCGACUCCUCCCAGUGGAACGAAUAUCUCCCAGCUCAACGAGUGCCCUCUUAAUGCGUGCUGUGAUGUAUGGGGCCAAUGUGGUGUGACGGCCGAGUUCUGCACCAACACUGGCACAGGUGCCCCUGGAACGGCGGCGAAUGGAACCGAUGGCUGUAUCUCGAACUGUGGCACUGAGAUGGUGCUGAGUAGCCCUCCUGCCACCUACCGGAGCAUUGCUUACUACGAGGGAUACAACUUGCAGCGUCCCUGUCUGUACCAGGACGUGUCUCAGAUUGACACUUCGGUCUACACCCACAUUUACUUCUCCUUUGGCGUGUUAUCCUCCUCCUAUGUAGUCCAAAUUCCCGACAAGACUACACUAUUCGAGUUCACCCGGUUCACACAGAUCCAAGGCGCCAAACGCAUUCUGUCAAUCGGUGGCUGGGCAUUUUCCACCGACCCAAGCACUUACAUGAUCUUCCGUGAGGGCGUUACGGCCGCCAAUCGUCUGACCAUGGCCACCAACAUCGCCAACUUCAUUAAAGAGUACGAUCUCGAUGGAGUCAAUAUCGACUGGGAAUACCCGGGGGCACCGGAUAUUCCAGGCAUUCCUGCUGCGAGUCCUGAUGACGGCGACAACUAUCUCGCUUUCCUUGCUAUCUUGCGGAAUCUUCUUGACGACCGGGAAGUUACGAUUGCGGCACCGUCAUCCUAUUGGUACCUGAAGGGCUUCCCUAUCAAGAAGAUGGCUCCGCUCCUGGACUACAUCAUCUAUAUGACCUACGAUCUUCACGGACAGUGGGAUUCGGACAGCCAAUGGUCUCAGCUUGGCUGUCCGACGGGCAAUUGCUUGCGCUCGGAUGUGAACCUGACGGAAACCAUCAGUGCUCUGGUUAUGAUCACCAAAGCCGGGGUCCCCUCCAACCAGGUUGUGGUCGGUGUGACCAGCUACGGACGCUCCUUCGCCAUGGCCGAAGCCGGCUGCUACGGGCCCGAAUGCACGUUCUUGGGCUCAGCCGACGACUCGCAAGCCGAGCCGGGGCCGUUUACGCAAAGUCCUGGGUACAUCGCCAAUGCCGAAAUCGAGGCCAUCCUCGCCGACCCGAGCCGGGUCAAUGAGAGUUAUAUCGACACGGCGAGUAACUCCAAUAUCCUGGUGUACGACAACACGCAAUGGGUCGGCUGGAUGAGUGACGGCAUCAAGGCUUCCCGAAGAUCCCUCUACAAGGGCCUCGCCAUGGGGGGAACCACCGAUUGGGCGACCGACCUGCAAAAGAACAAUUCUCCCCCUUACCCAGCCAAGAGCUGGGCCGGAGUCAUCGACGACGUCGUCCUGGACAAAGACCCCUAUGUCGAGGGGAACCGGACCGGCAACUGGACCUUCUUGACGUGCUCGGAUCCGGCUAUACAAGACGCGCUGUACAUGCCGUGCGCCCAGCGCUGGUCGGAGCUGGACGCCUCGGAUGCGUGGUCCGAUGCCAUCAGCAUCUGGGACAAUAUCGAUGAGCAAAAGCUGACUGGUUCGGAUGACGAGAGGAAAUUCUCCUACUCCCUUAUGAACACUUUCCAUGUCGGCGAAUCGACCAAUUGUGGCCUGGUCGCCCCAGGAGGCUCUUGUUCCGACACCUACCCGUGUUCCGUAUUUGAAGGCUUCGGCAGCGGGGGCUCGGGUCCCGCGGCGAUGGUGAUCUAUGAAUCUCUCACAGUCAUCAACUCGAUGUACUCCCAGUUCUUCGAUGCCAUCAGCGUAGCUGCCGGAACGUACAUCGACAACCAGCUCCAGGACUUUGAAAGCACCUUCGCACCGGUGCCUCCGGCUCCCAGCGACGAGUGGCUGGUGAUCUUGACCAACCUCCUAGGUCUUGGUCUCACUGUGGUGGCUGCACCGUACUUCGACGGAGUUUUUGAAAGUCUACCGGCGCUCAGCUCAGUUCUGGGCGAAGCUGGCGCCGACACCGCCAAAGACAUCACCAAUGCCGCGGUCGCGUUUGGGGCUGCAAUUGCCUCCGCCGCCAUACCGGAAGGUGAACCAGGUCAUUGGACGGCACAAUCGCAGGACAGUUUCACCGCCACGCUGGGCUCGGUGAUCUCGGGUUGGGCGAACGUGACGCAGAACGAACUCUGGAAUCUGUUCAACGGAUCCGAGACGUCGAUCACGCUUCUGACGCAGAUGAUCGCCAAUGGAAAUCUCAUCGAGGGCAGCGGCGCUGUCCCCUCAGUCAGUUCCAGCACGACCCCGGAAACCACCACGCAGAUCGAGAGCUCCAUCAACAAGGCAUUCUUCGGCUUCGCGAUCCCGUCGGUGUGGGCCGUCUCCGGCACCGACGCCUUUGUCGUGGACUCGGGCUAUAACUGCAGCGCGCAGAACCCACUGUCCGACUACAUGACGGCGGCCACCCAAGAGGCGACCUACUCGUGCUACAACGACAAGCUCUACUACCUGGUACGUGCCGACGGGAAGUGGAGCGGCUGCCCCGCGGAGAAGAAGCUGGGCAAGCGGGCGGAUUGUCCGGACUGCGGCACCUCCGAGUGCGGCGAGGACGCGACCUACUUCACAGCGCCCCCGGGCCUGAGCAGCGUCGGCGGGGACGCCUGGGGAGGCAUCACCCUGGACGACCUCAUCAAGGGCUCCGUCCGCACCUACGUCGCCAACGGCAACGCCAACGGCGGGCCCGUCGCGAACCCGCUGGACCAGGACACGCUGCAGGACCUCUCCAGCCAGGACAUCACCACCCCCGGCUACAUCCGCCUCCCCGUGUGCAGCCCGCAGGUCGCCUGGGCCUCGUGGUCCAACCCGUCGCAGUCCAACGCCAGCGCCCCGAACUACCCCUGCAACCCGCUGCAGGGCGUGACCAAGUGCAGCGGCUACACCUACGUGGACCAGACCACCUCCGCCUCCCCGCUGGUGUCCGACUGCAAGACCAUCAUUCAGAACAUCCAGGGCACCAACGGGGAAUGGACGACGGGGAUUGACCGUCAACGCGCAAUUGCCACGUACGGCUCGUGCAAGUUCGGCGUCCAGAACGUUGGGGUCACGGGCGACGUCACCUACUACACGGGAAGUCAGGAUAUCGUGACCAUCAUCACCGAGGCCAUCGCCGAGUACGAGUGGGAGGGCCGUGUCGGGGCAAAAGGCUAUAUGGAGUGCGACGGGGACGCAGGCCACCAGAAGGUCAAGUGGGGGCUGUAUUAG